GCCAGCCCACCAGGAUGCCUGCGACCUCUCUUCCAGUGUAUGUCCUCUGCCUUCUCACCUUGUCUUCAGCCUGCUACAUCCAGAACUGCCCUCGAGGCGGAAAGAGAGCCCUGCCGGAUGCAGAAAUCAGACAGUGCAUCCCCUGUGGCCCUGGAAACAAAGGGAACUGCUUUGGCCCCACCAUCUGCUGUGCAGAGGAACUUGGCUGCUACUUUGGCACCUCUGAGACCCUGCGUUGCCUGGAAGAAAAUUACCUGCCUUCCCCCUGCGAAGCUGGAGGAAAACCCUGCAGCAUGGGCGGCCGAUGUGCUGCAUCCGGCAUUUGCUGCAAUGAUGAGAGCUGCAUCACUGAUGCGAUGUGUGUGGAUGAAAACGGUGACAGAAGUCGGAUGUCCUCCGAAAGGAACCUGACCGUGCUGGACAGCUCAGCAGGGGACCUCCUCCUCAAACUGAUGCACCUGGCAAAUGUCAACAGGCAGCAACACGGGAAGCAGCCGUUUUAAGAAGGCGAGCAGGAGAGCAGUCUGGAACACCAGUCAUGUCAUUUACGUUUCCUAAGGUCUCAGAAAAAGAAAUGGAUGAUGCCUUAAGCAAAGUUAAGGAAGAGCCGUUUGAGAGUAAAAUGUAAAUAAUACAUAGCAAACAAUAAAAACAUCUUUUAUUGCA